CAGAAGGAAAAAUGCAAGCAGCAGCAAAUCCUAGAAAACUUCUGUUUGCCCUCUUGCUCACCGUGCUCAUUUCUUCUCGACUGGUUCAGUCCAGCAACUUAGCUACCUCUCCAUCACCGUCUCCAUCACCUUCGCCGGCUGUCGGGAUGCCAACACCGAAUGACCACGGGGUGUCUAAAGGGAAAGGGAUUGUUAAAAAGGAAACGAGAGGGUCGUAUCCGGCUACUUGUCAUUCAAAAUGUAACGAGUGCGAGCCUUGCAUGCCCGUUCAAGUAUCUAUCCGAGCAAUGGUAUUGGAAGAGAACGAGUACCGUCCACAGGUGUGGAGAUGUGCCUGUGGUGACAGUAUAUUUUCCCCUUAAGCUGGCUAGAAUUAACUCUACUGCUGCAUGUAAAUUAGGGCUAGCUAUAAGAGGUCUUCUCUAGAUUAGUACAAGUUAAUGUUUACGCACACCUAAUUAUGUGCAGAACAAUUCUUAAACAUGACAGGCAAUGCCACGUUUUUCUUGCAGCGUGAGGAACGUGUCGCAUGUAAGAACUUUUCACUAUGAAUGCAUGUAUAAAUAGCAUAUAAAAUAGGUUUAUUUGUGCAAUUCAAAAUGUACGCUAUGCCACCAUGGUUCUCCAGUUAUUUGUGUACUGGGACUGAGAAUUAAAUACCCCAAGAGUUACUGAA